AAUAUGUAACGUCUUUUACGGAGACCUCUACCGUGUAUUGGGGAGAUAUAGGGUGUUGAGAAAAAAAAUGGACGUAGCUGCUCAUUUGAAACGAGGACUUUCGCGGCAGUUCUCGACAGGAUCGAUGAGGUUGAGUGGGAGACUCAGCUUCUCGAGGCAGUCUUCGUUAGAUCCAAGACGGAAUACGUUUCGUUUCAGUUUUGGGAGGCAAUCAUCGCUUGAUCCUAACCGUAGGACCUCUGUUCAUGAAGGACUUACAGUGCCGGAGAAUCUUGAUUCAACGAUGCAGUUGCUGUUCAUGUCUUCCAACGGAGAUGUGAAGGGAGUGGAAGAAUUACUUAAUGAGGGUGUCGAUGUGAAUAGCAUUGAUUUGGAUGGUAGAACUGCUUUGCAUAUCGCUGCUUGUGAAGGGCAUGUAGAGGUUGUCAAGCUCUUGCUAAGUCGGAAGGCUAACAUUGAUGCUCGUGACCGGUGGGGGAGUACGGCUGCUGCUGAUGCAAAGUUCUAUGGAAAUGUAGAAAUUUUCAAUAUUUUGAAAGCUCGAGGAGCCAAAGUUCCAAAAAUCAAGAAGACGCCAAUGGCUGUCUCGAAUCCUCGUGAAGUUCCAGAGUAUGAGCUUAAUCCCUUAGAACUUCAGCUUCGCAAGGGUGAUGGUAUUUCAAAGGGAACAUAUCAAGUUGCUAAAUGGAACGGGACAAAGGUUGCUGUAAAGAUACUUGACAAGGACUGUUAUUCAGACCCAGACAGCAUAAAUGCUUUCAAAGAGGAGCUCACACUGUUAGAAAAGGUCCGACAUCCUAAUGUCGUGCAGUUUGUUGGAGCUGUUACACAAAAUAUACCAAUGAUGAUUGUAUCAGAGUACCAUCCAAAAGGGGACCUGGGAAGCUAUCUUCAAAAGAAAGGACGUCUUUCUCCCUCUAAAGCUCUAAGAUUUUCUCUCGAUAUUGCUAGGGGCAUGAACUGUCUUCAUGAAUGCAAGCCUGACCCAGUUAUUCAUUGUGAUUUAAAGCCAAAAAAUAUUUUGCUGGAUAGUGGAGGGCAGUUGAAGGUUGCAGGAUUUGGUCUGGUUAAAUUAUCCAAAAUUCCACCUGACAAAGCAAAACUAGCUCAGCCAUGGGCUCAUGUUGACCGUUCAAGUCUUUAUGUGGCACCUGAGGUUUAUAAGGAUGAAAUAUUUGACAGAAGCGUUGAUGCCUUCUCUUUUGGUCUCAUUCUCUAUGAGAUGAUUGAAGGAGUGCAACCUUUCCACCCUAAUCCCCCAGAAGAAGCCUCUAUAAUGAUCUGUUUGGAAGGAAAGAGACCUCCAGUAAAGGUGAAAUCAAAAAGCUACCCUCCAGACCUCAAAGGGUUGAUUGAAGAAUGUUGGAACCCAGAACCUUUGGUAAGACCAACAUUUUCCGAGAUUAUCGUACGGCUUGACAAAAUUGUUGCAAACUGUUCCAAGCACGGAUGGUGGAAAGAAACAUUUAAGCUUCCUUGGAAAUGAGGAAGAAUCAUUGAAGCCAACAAGAAGUGGAUGAAGAACGGGAGAGGAUCUUGGUGUUGUGCUGUUAUCAUGUAUCACAUAAGGAAGGUAGUUCGGGGUUGGAACAAAAAAAAGGGAAAAUCUUACCAUAGAGAGGGG